AUGUCCGCUCAAUUCAGACCUCAAGCAGCUGCUGGCUCAGCUCCAGGCUUCCAACCUCAAUAUGGCGGCUACCAACCCCAAUAUCAAUACGGCAGUUCCCAAUCAGCCUCCCAAAAUGGCGAUUUGGCCAAAAAUUUGGGUGAAAAAUUCGAAUUGUACAGUAACAAGGUUGAAGAAUUGGUCGACGCGUACUCUGGUCCAGUUAAGCCAUACGUUCCUGCCAUCGGUAGAUUCUUGAUGGUCGCUACUUUCUACGAAGAUGCCAUCAGAAUUGUCUCCCAAUGGUCCGACCAAGUGUUUUACUUGAACACUUAUAGACACAUUCCUUACUUUAUCGUUGUCCUGUUCCUUUUCGUCAACGUUGUUGUCAUGGCCAUUGCCUCCACCAUGUUGAUUGGUAGAAAAAGACCUGACAUCUCCACUUGUGUCUUGAUCGGGGUCGUUCUUUCCCAAGGUUUCUUUUACGGUUUGUUCACUGAAAGUUCUUUCUUGUUGAGAUCUUUCUCGGUCAUUGGUGGUUUGUUGUUAGCGUUCUCCGAUUCUAUUGUUAAGGACAGAAGAUCUCUUGCUGGUUUACCAAUGGUAGACUCUAAGGAUAACAAGAGAUACUUCCUUUUGGCUGGGAGAAUCAUGUUGGUCUUGCUUUUCAUUGGUUUCACUUUCUCGUCUUCUUGGACUUUUGGUAAGUUCUUCAUCAUUAUGAUUGGUUCUUUGGCUUGUAUCUCCAUUGUCAUUGGUUUCAAGACCAAAUUCUCCGCCGUUGUCUUGGGUUUCUUGUUAUCUGCUUACAAUAUUUCCGUCAACUACUUCUGGGCUUAUGGUUAUAAGGACCCACAAAGAGAUUUCUUGAGAUACGAAUUCUUCCAAACUUUGUCGAUUGUUGGUGGUUUGCUUUUAAUUGUCAACACUGGUGCUGGUGAAUUGUCUAUUGACGAAAAGAAGAAGAUUUAUUAA